CUAUCUAGUGGAGAGAGCGCUGAGCACUAUACCUUCACUGCUUCACAUCACUCUCUCUGGCCUCUCUUGCUGCUGUAGCUUUCAAGUUAUUCAGACAGAAUUCGUAGCUGCGACUCAGCAUUUGCUGUCACUUCCACCUUUUACAGCUCCUCUUUUUGAAGAGCUGCAUUUGCAUACUUUUACAGUUGGAUCUCAUAUCUUGAGUAGGAAGCAUUUAUUUCAUCAACCAUCAACAAAAUUUCAUUAUCAUUCUUUAUUUUUUUGCCAAGUUCAUUAUCAUUCAUCUCUUGCUGGAGAGAGAUCCCAAUUAAAACCCAUGGAGUCGGGUGCAUUUCACUUCUGCUCUUCAGUGCUGCUUCUUAUCAUCUCAGGCAUUUUGUUAUUUCCUCUAAUGGUUGCUUCAAUCGGAAUAAACUACGGCCAAAUAGCGAACAAUCUACCUUCACCAGAGGACGUAGUCCCUCUUGUGAAAUCUGUGGGUGCCACUAAGGUGAAGCUGUACGACGCAGAUCCAAAAGUGCUCCAAGCAUUCGCCAACACCGGCGUGGAAUUCAUAGUCGGCUUGGGUAAUGACUACUUGGCGAAGAUGAAGGACCCCGAGAAAGCCGAAGCUUGGGUCAAGACCAACGUCCAGACCUUCCUCCCGGCGACAAACAUCACCUCCAUCUUCGUGGGCAACGAAGUUUUAACCUUCAACGACACCACUCUCACAGGCUCUCUUCUUCCAGCGAUGCAGAGCGUACACACAGCGCUCGUGAAUCUUGGGUUAGACAAACAGGUGGCUGUGACUACCGCUCACUCCUUGGCCAUUCUCGAAACCUCAUACCCACCUUCGGCCGGGGCUUUUCGUCGCGAUCUAACGAGCUGUAUAAACCAACUUUUGAGCUUCCACGCCAAGACGGGCUCGCCAUUCUUGAUCAACGCGUACCCUUUCUUCGCGUACAAGGCGAACCCGAAGCAGGUCCCACUGGACUUCGUUCUCUUCCAGCCGAACUCAGGGAUCGUAGACCCUUCCACGAACCUCCGCUACGACAACAUGCUGAUCGCGCAGAUCGACGCCGUGUACGCCGCUCUAGCUUCGGCUGGUUACAAGAAGCUGCCUGUUCACAUCUCCGAGACGGGUUGGCCCUCGAGAGGGGACGAGGAUGAGGCCGGUGCUACCCCGGAGAACGCAAAGAAGUACAACGGGAACCUCUUUAAGCUUAUGAAGAAAAAGGGGACGCCGAUGAGGCCGAGCUUCAACCUAAAUAUCUACGUCUUUGCUUUGUUCAACGAGAACAUGAAACCCGGACCGACUUCCGAGAGGAAUUACGGGCUGUUCAAGCCGGACGGUACUCCGGCGUACUCGCUAGGAAUUGCCACAAACGAAGGGGUUAGCAACGCUACGAGUUUUGGGGGAUCCACUCCCGAGAGCUCCGGUAUGCCAGACACGACGCCGGAGAGUUCUUCCACCGGUUAUUUGUCCAUUUCCUCUUCUUCUCCGGAGAGAUAUCAUUUGGGAGUUGGCCCAGCAUUCUUUGUCAUCAUGUCUAUGGUGAUUAGAUUGGUACUUUAUUAAUUUUGGAAAAGCAAGUGUUCUAAAUUUGCCAUCGUCUACAAAGCAGAAAAGCAGGAGAGCCGUUAAAACUUUUAAAAAAAAAAAAAAAAAAAAAAAAAAGGCAGUAGAGGGGGAGGGAGAAAAGAAGAGGAAAAGAAGAAUAAAAAGAGGUCAGAGGCAGCUUCGCAGUUUGGAAAAGAACAAAAGGUGUCCAAACAGUCCAAACAGAAAUCCUUUCAUGUUUCUUCACUUGUACGCGACUAAUGUUCUGGGAAUCAUUUAUUUAUUUGUUUAUAUUCAUCCAACCAAAGUUCACCACCCUCCAUAAUAUGUUAAUCCUCAAUGGACCCUACACACUAUGGCAUCUUUUGUCCCCACUUCUACGUUUUCUUUCAAUUGAUCAAUGCUGGUGGUGGUUGUAGUGACAGUGUAGGGUUCCUUGAGGAUUGAAAAUGGAGGAUGAUUAGGUGUUUGUUGGACCCUUUUUAUUAUUUUUCAAACUUUUUAGUUGGCAUUGAACUGUGACUUUCUCUCCCUUUUUACCUUUUUUAUCUUCCGAAUCACAAUUAUUUGUUAGGCAUUAAGUUUGGUAGAUGGAGGAGUUGGACUGUAUUCUAUUCUUUAGUCUUAGGUUAGAUUAUUGAUUUGAUAUAUGUUUGUUUAAUCUCCUUCCUUUUCAUUGCUGUAAGCCUGUGAACAGAGGGAAUUUUAUUAUGCCAUGAUUGAUGAUAAUCUUUCUUCUUUUUUAAA